UGUUGCGUGGGUAAUGCCAACUGCCCUCGACCCGCCGCUUCCGCCCUCCCGACUCCCGACCGGCGGAGAUGGCGGUCCCGGGAGGAGGUGCCGCCGCCGCGCUCGCUCUGACCCUCCUCCUCCUCCUCUGCUCCUGCGUUUCCGGCGCGGCCCACGCCUCCUCCGCCCUCCGCCACGCCGUGCCGCGCGGCGACGGCGGCGGCGGACUCUGCGGGCAGCUGCUCCUGCCGCUGGGCUACCCGUGCACCGAGCACACCGUUGAAACAAACGAUGGCUUUCUUCUGUCUCUUCAGCAUAUUCCACAUGGCAAAAAUGGAGUUGCAGACAAUACUGGACCUCCAGUUUUUCUUCAACAUGGUCUUUUUCAGGGAGGAGACACAUGGUUCAUAAAUUCUGUUGAACAGUCGCUUGGAUAUAUCCUUGCUGAUAAUGGCUUCGAUGUUUGGAUUGGAAAUGUUCGUGGAACACGUUGGAGUAAAGGCCAUUCAACUUUCACUGUGCAUGAUAAGGCUCGCUUGUCAGCGGUGAGCUUUUCCGAAGCUUUUUCUAGUUUUGGAUAUACAGUUCUUUUCUGGGAUUGGAGCUGGCAAGAGCUUGCUGAAUAUGAUCUUCUGGCAAUGUUGAGCUACGUGUAUACAGUUAGGCAGUCCAAAAUUUUGUAUGUGGGGCAUUCACAGGGAACUAUUAUGGGUUUGGCUGCUUUUACAUUGCCUGAAAUCACAAAGAUGAUUAGCGCUGCUGCACUUCUUUGUCCAAUUUCUUACCUUGAUCAUGUUAGUGCUAGUUUUGUUCUCAGAGCAGUUGGCAUGCAUCUUGACCAGAUGCUUCUUACCAUGGGCUUCCAUCAGCUGAACUUCCGGAGCGAUAUGGGAGUUCAAAUAGUAGAUUCUAUAUGCGAUGAUGGACAUGUGGACUGCAACAAUUUGCUGUCUUCGAUAACAGGGGAAAAUUGUUGCUUCAAUGGAUCGCGGAUUGACCAUUACUUGGAGUAUGAACCUCAUCCAUCAUCAACUAAAAAUUUGCAUCAUCUUUUUCAGAUGAUCAGGAAAGGCACUUUCGCAAGGUAUGACUACGGAUUGUUGGGAAACCUAAGGCGUUACGGUCGGCUGUCACCCCCUCCGUUUGACCUAAGCAGCAUACCGGAAUCACUGCCAAUGUGGAUGGGAUACGGUGGUCUUGAUGCAUUGGCUGAUGUCACCGAUGUUGAGCGUACGGUCAAAGAGCUGAGAUCUACGCCAGAGCUGAUGUACAUUGGUGGCUACGGCCACAUUGAUUUCGUCAUGAGCGUGAAGGCCAAAGAUGAUGUUUAUGUCGACCUGAUGCGGUUCCUUCGCCUUAGGGCAAAUGGAUCAUUGCACAGUAGCUACUAGGACUCCACGCUGGUGUGUGUAAUACAGAUGUACAGUUCUUUUCUUUUCUGGAUUUACGAUUGACAGUGCCAUUAUUUAUGUAUAUUAUGAGAUUGUACAUCUCAAGAAAUAAUGUAGUAUGAACCUGUAUAUAAGCUUGCUGGGUUGUGCAAUCA